AUGGCCAUCCCAUCCAACGACAGAGUCCCCCGCGGCGACGUUACCGCCUCUCUAAACUACUACUCACCACCGGCCGACAAAUCCGCCGCUCCAUUCAACUACGUCGACGCUCCCCCAGCCGGCCAACCAACCCGCAACUACAGCGACUUAACGCAGGAAACGCGCAUCCACGACCUCCGUGGCCAGGAAUCCGCCUUCAACCUCGACAAGGACGCCUUCCAAGUCAUUUCCAACGUCGGCCCGUCCUCUGAAUCCUCCUUCACCGAGGACGACUCCAUCAAGCAAAACUACUACCCGGAGGUAGAGCAGGUCCUGCUCAAGCACAUCCCCGGCUCCAACAAGAUUCACAUCUUCGACCACACCAUCCGUCGGGCUGAUCCGUCUUCGCCCCGCAACCCCGUCACCAGAGUGCACAUUGACCAGACGGCGCCGUCGGUGGAGAAGCGCGUGCGACGAUACUUCCCCGACGAGGCAGAGAGCCUGCUCAAGGGACGGUACAGGAUCGUGAAUGUGUGGCGGCCAUUGAACAAGAAGCCCGUCGAGUCGUUCCCGCUGUCGUUUGCCAGCACGUCCACCUUGGAGGAUGGGGAUGUGGUUCCCAUCCAGCACCGGUAUCCGGACGGGUACACCGGGGAGACGGCGGCAAUCAGGUACAAUCCCGCGCAAAAGUGGUAUUAUCUCAGUGGGAUGACGGGCAGCGAGAGACUUCUCCUGGAGUGUUUUGACAGCGAGUCGUUGAAGCCGGGGAGUGGAAUUGGCGGACGUGUGCCUCACACGGCGUUUGUUGAUCCGCGGACGAGGCAGGAUGCAGAGGGUAGGGAGAGUAUCGAGGUGAGGGCAUUGGUCUUUGGGCCAUGA